ACAUCCUGUUGCUGAGAAAGUCAUACACAUGAUAAACUCGACAAUUGUGAUGAAUUGUGUAAUUAAAUUUCUUGGUUGCUAAUCACUCUUAAACGUUUUUAGCUGAGAUCUAGAUUCUAGAUCUAUACCGGAGAAAAUCAAGCCUAUCAGUAUCCUGUCGUCAAAAUGCAGUGUUUGAAAUGUUUAUCACAGAGAAGCUCAAAGUACUCAAACUCAUUUUCGAGAAUUUUAAUUUUUAGCAGCAGCAAUCAAAAUCAAAAUGAUAAAAAACUCCGGAUUCUCUCUCCCUACCUUCACCUCAGGCAAACUGAUAUUGCUAGUUGUACUAGAUCUAUAUCUAGUUCUAAAGUUCUAAGUACAAGUGGCAGUGCUGAGCCAUCCAACACUCACAAAAAGGAACAUGAUGGGAGUCUCCCAGGGAGAAUCAGCAUUCGAAAUAAAAUGGAUAAGCAAACAAAAGAAAACUUUGAUAAGAAAGUAGUAGAGGUAGCAGAAGAACUUAAAAAAUGUGUUACUUUUGUCAAUCGUGAUCUACUAGUUAUCAAUAAAAAACAUGGAGUAUCAGUAUAUGGUAAAAUAUCAGAGCAUAUUGACAGCAGCAGUAAGACAGAAGCCAGCUCUGUCGUUGAAUGUUUACCCUACUUGAAGAAAAUUUACAACUCUCCAGAAUUAGAUGUUGGUUUGUCAAUAAAAAGCUUCUACACAGGAGUUUUGUUACUGACCAGAAGUAGUGACUCUAAGACCAAGCUGGCUAAAGUUCUUGCUUCUGUCGCUACACAACAGAUACAGUUCAUGAAAUAUUUAGUGAUAACAGUGGGCGUACCCCAGUGUCCUCAUGCCACACCACUUGAGGCUUUCAUCAAGAGAAAAUACCUGCACGCAAGAGAGUUGAGUAUAGUGAAUUCUAAAGAUGUGCACAUGGCCCGUAAGAAUGGCAUGAUGAUACACACGAAUUACACGGUCAAACCUCUGGUUGUCAACACAGAACUAGGGGUUGCUCUGGUUGAAGUGUCUGUUGAUAAAGAUAAAUGGGAGUCUGUUGAAGUCCUGAUGAGUCACCACUUGAGUCCAGUGUUGGGAGACCAUGUCUACUCCCGUAGAGCUUAUUCUCUGAUGGGUGUCACACUUGCAGCUAAUCCCUAUAGUACACCUCCAGCCAUUCAGAAACUUCCCAAAGCUCUGGAGGAGUGCCUGAGGUCCAAAGGUCAUAUGACAGAUGGGAAACAGAUGCCCCUGUUCAUGCACAGACACAAAGUCACACUCUCAAAGUUUAAGCGAGACUCUAGUCUGGUCAUCCAAGCUAAACCAGAUGGAGAAUUUUUACAAGUCUUACAGUCUUUGAACUUGUAUGAUCCCAAUGUUUUUACUUAACUUGUGGGGGGAAAAAAUCUUUAAAAAAAAAUGAAGUUGUGAAGUACCAAACAAUUUAUCUGUCUAUAUGUUAUGGCACAUUGUAUACAUAAAAUUAAAGUUCAUAGCAGGCUGUUUCUCAAAC